UUUGAGACCAUCUUCAGCACGGCCCAUCGAGGCAGCGCGCUGCCCCUGGCCAUCAAGUACAUGUUUGACUUCCUGGAUGAGCAGGCAGAUAAGCACAACAUCCACGAUCCUCACGUGCGGCACACCUGGAAAAGCAAUUGCCUGCCCUUGAGGUUUUGGGUGAACAUGAUCAAAAAUCCGCAGUUUGUCUUCGACAUUCACAAGAACAGCAUCACGGAUGCCUGCUUAUCAGUGGUAGCACAAACCUUCAUGGACUCCUGUUCGACCUCAGAGCACCGUUUGGGCAAAGAUUCCCCAUCUAAUAAACUGCUUUAUGCCAAGGAUAUCCCCAGCUACAAGAACUGGGUAGAAAG